UUACAGUUCUCUGCGGUGUCAUCAAUCAUUCAUUGACGAAACCAUUUUGAACAGUGUGAUCUGGGUAAAUAACAUUUAAAUUAAAAGCGAUGCAGGCAUUCAUUGCUCGGCUAGUGCUCGUUGAAGCUGCAGCAAGAUUGACCCGGUCGGCCUGCUAUGUAGGCGAGGAUGAUUUCAACGCUUGAUUAAAGUUGAGUCAGUCAAUAGCAGCGCUGAACAAUAACAUCCUGGUGAGCAGCACGAGUGUUAAACAUUGAAUAUUGGAAUAUAAGCUGACAUACGAAGUGUGCUCAUACAAUUUUUGUGAAGCCUGCCAAUACAUAGAUCGGAGAGAAAGGAGAAGACGAGUUUAAUUAAGUGUAACAAAGUUCAAGCAACGAUCACCGGCAAUGGGCGACGAGCAGACGAAAGGGAAGGAGAAAUGUGUAAAAUUUAAGGAUGCUAAACCCUCAAUAUCGCUUACAAAUGACGAGGGAGGACGUUUAAACGGACUGGAUUGUUCAAAUUUCGCGACGAAGCAUGACAAACAGAACAGGAAGUCUCUCAAGAAUUCACGGGAAAGUUCUUCCGAUCGAACUGAGUGUGAGAGGCUUGCUGUCCCAUCCGGGCAGCGGAGGGAAUCGUUUUUAUACAAGUCGGAUAGCGAGGGUGAAGUGUCACCGCGAUGCAUGUCACCAAGGCAUGCCUCAUUUAGUGAAGGGACCAGAGCUGAGGAACUUGUCACACCGUUUGCCCAAAUAAUUUCGAGUCUGAGGAAUAUCCGAACCAAUUUUAUGACUAUAGCUCAAGUAAAGAAGCUCGAAGGAGUUUGCAAACAAAGUCUCGGUAGAAGAAGUUCAUACGAAGUCAAUGGCGUAGCAGCUGCGUCAUCUAAUCAACAGGGUGAAGGUCAUAAUCGGCUUGUUACGGACACUCUGGAUGAGCUGGACUGGGUACUUAAUCAGUUGGAGACAUUAGAAACACAUUGUAGUGUAAGCGAAUUGGCGUCGAAUAAGUUUAAAAGGCUAUUAAAUCGGGAACUAAAAGACUUCUCAGAAGCAACGCAAUCUAAGGAACUGUCAAUGUGGGUCUAUAACACUUUUGUAGACAAGCAUGCUGGCAUUGACCCAUCUUCAAGUAUUCGGGCCCGUUCAAAAUCGUUAGUUAGUAGCGUUGGGAAAUUAAAGCGAAUAAGCAGCUUUUCAGGAACUAUACCAAGAUUUGGAGUCGAAGUAAAAGACGAGUGUGAACUUGCAAAGCAUCUCGAAUCUGUGCAUAAAUGGGACUUCGAUGUUUUUAAACUUCAUAAUAUUACAAACGAACGACCUUUGGCUGCUGUCAGUUACACAAUAUUACAGGCCCGAGAUCUAAUGAGAAUAUUCAAAAUAAAGCCAAUGACGUUUAUCAAUUAUAUUACAUUAAUCGAGAAUCAUUAUUUCAAAGACGUCCCAUUUCAUAACAGCACACAUUCAGCUGAUGUAGUUCAGUCAGCACAUGUUCUUCUGUCCUCGAGUGUUUUUGAGUCCGUUUUUACUGAUUUGGAGAUUUUGGCUGCUUUGUUCGCAGCUGCGGUUCACGAUGUUGACCAUCCCGGACUAAACAAUCAUUUUCUCGUUGCCACAAAUUCAAGACUGGCAUUGAUGUAUAACGACGAAUCAGUGCUUGAAAACCAUCAUCUCGCUGUGGCCUUUCAACUGUUGCAGCACGAGGGCUGUGAUAUCUUUGAAAAUAUGAACAAGAAAGAGAGACAGACUCUACGAAAGAAUGUUAUUGAAAUGGUUCUUGCUACGGAUAAUGCGAAACACAUGAGUUUACUGGCGUCUUUAAAGACCAUGGUCGAAACAAAGAAACUGUCGGCGUCAAAAUUUAGUUUAGAUAACUAUGCCGACCGCAUUCAGGUCUUGCGUUGCUUGGUGCAUUGUGCUGACCUUAGUAAUCCAACAAAACGUUUACCCCUAUACAAAGAAUGGGUGGAUCGAUUGAUGGAGGAAUUUUUUCAACAGGGUGAUAGGGAGAGAAGUAUAGAGGGAAUGGAUGUCAGUCCCAUGAUGGAUCGCUAUAAUGCUUCUGUUGAAAAAUCACAGGUCGUUUUUAUUGAUUUUGUUGCCCAGCCAUUGUGGGAAACGUGGGCUGAGCUAACCUAUCCUGAUGCUCAGGAAAUCUUAGAUACUUUAGAAGAGAACCGAAAUUGGUAUAACUCUCAUAUAUCGGAAACGAAAUCGGAACCGCAUAAAAGUUUUAGUACUGAUAGUGAUAAAAUGGAGAAGGACCAACUGCCGUUUAGGAAACACGAGAGGAUACAAGAAAAACGGGUGAGCUGGCAGGAGCAUCGAAAUUUGGCGAUCGAUUUAAGCAAUUCUAAGGAUGAGGUGAAGACAAAAGCGCCCAACCUCUUUUCCAUGGAAUCUGCUCGACUACAAAGCAGCAAGAGUAGCAGUCGGAGUCGUGAGGCUGACGACGAACUAGACAGUGAUGAGCACGGCGACGAAGAUGAUCAAGAACUAUUGGAAAUAAAUAAGCAGAGAGAUCAUUGCUUGUAGUUCAUUGUCGAUGAAAUUAUCCCCGUGGUUCAGUGGAAUGUUCAUCGAUACAGUGUUGGGCUGCCUAAUUAGCAUCACAACGUCAAUCGUUCUGGGUUUGUUUAUGACGGUCUCUAUUAAAGGAUCUUUACAAUACGUAUUUCAAUUAGGAAGUGGUGCCAAAUUAGGCAUUUGGGGAGAGAAUGGAAUUCCCACUAUGUGUGACCAAUCAAACUGGCGCAUGAAGAGUAGAGCAUCUUUCAAAGAUCCCUUUGUCGUAUUCUACAAAUUUCUCUAUAUCCACGCUCUCUUGCGCAUGAUUACUGUAACAAUACUUCAAGAUGAUAAUUAUUGGAAUGAGACUUUUGAGCAUGAACAUUUUACGGUUUUUGUCAUAUCAAAACUUUUGACUUGUAAUCCAUCAUAGUCCACUUUCUUUUCCUGAACUUUCCGGUGUGAUAUGUGUAUUCGUGAAAGAUACAUCAUUGCCCUGAACAUUUAAAUUAUAGGGUUUGUAUCAGGUGAAAAAGGUGAUAGUUGUGUGAACAUAUAGUGUUCAUAGAUCAGAUCAUGUCUAAAAUAUCAGGGCCAGUUGUAUAAAUUCUUAAAUGAGCUUUGGGAAGAUAAAUCGUGGUUAGUUCCAUAAUACACGAUUCUGAUUGGCCAAUCCAGCCACUAUCCAUAGUUAAAAGUCAACUGUCUUUUUAUACCACCGGCCCCAAAUGCGCUGUUGAUAGAACCCUGGUAAUGCAAAAUGAAUUUAGCUCAUACAGUAGCAAGGCAAGAUAAAAUACAUUCACCGUUGUCUAAAACAUUGUGUGCAGAUAUACAAAUUGCUAUAUAGCAUCAAGUAUUUAAAUUGUAAAUUAUCCUCGAUAGUUUCGAAAUACUAUUUAUUACAGAAUUUAAUUAUUAUAUUCAAAUUUUAGCUCAGUAUAUGUUGAUGAUGUAUUUAUUCUGUAAAUAAUAGAACUCUGUGCAUAUAAAUGUAUAAAAUUUACAAUAUUAAAAGA